AUGCACAGUUCUUCCAAGAAAGCCGGAGUGAACAAGGUUGACCCGAACUUUCAGAGCCGAGGCGAACUUGUGGCGGAGCCCAUGCCCAUGGAUGUGCUAUGCGGCAAAUCACGAAAGUGCAUUUCCCACGAAGGCACUCGACUCUUCAGAAUUGUCAUCGACCAAUACCGAGAGAAGUAUCAGAAUGCCAAGAGCAAACAAGAACGAAUGGACAUCACCAAGGAGAUUGUGGCUUCUAUUGGACGCAAAGGAGCAAGGUUUCUCAAGUACAACUCAUCCAUGCAGUGCUGGGAGAACAUUGGUACCCUUGCAGCUCGUGAUAAGUGCUCUCAUGCACUCCGAUGUGCCAAUCAAAAGACCCAGAACAGCCGCAAGUUCAAAUCAUCUCGGAGUUCCUCUUCCGUUGCCUCUGAUGGCUCGUCUGUGGGAUCCGACUCUUCCAUCGGAUCCACCUAUUUGCAGGAAGUGCGCGUAUCGGACAGUCUCGAGAGCCUGAUUGGUGAUCAGCAGACUGUCUUGUCGUUGUUCCAGGGAACUCUGCGCUCGAGCCCCGAUCUGCCAGCGGCAAACAGUCUCAUGAAUGUUUUUGAUAAUGACAUUCCAAUCGGGGGGACCUCAACACCGGUGCCAACGGUGGCUCGUAGAGUUGAGUACCAUGACUCACUAUUACCCGAGGGGCACCACCAAGCACAGGCGCCCUUCCCAGCACUGUCUAGUCACCAAGGAGGCAUGGGGAAUGACAACUUGCCCGUGGAACCGCUUGCACGGCGCCGCCUCAGCCCAUCUCCCGAAAAGGACGAUGAUGAAAGGGAAAAGAGGUCUUCCGUAUAA